CGCCGUCGUCGCCGCCAUCCUCGGCGCGACUCGCUUCUUUCGGUUCUACCUGGGAGAAUCCACCGCCAUCCGCCACCAUGGUGAACUUCACGGUAGACCAGAUCCGCGCCAUCAUGGACAAGAAGGCCAACAUCCGCAACAUGUCUGUCAUCGCCCACGUGGAUCACGGCAAGUCCACGCUGACAGACUCCCUGGUGUGCAAGGCGGGCAUCAUCGCCUCAGCCCGGGCCGGGGAGACACGCUUCACUGAUACCCGGAAGGACGAGCAGGAGCGUUGCAUCACCAUCAAGUCAACUGCCAUCUCCCUCUUCUACGAGCUCUCGGAGAAUGACUUGAACUUCAUCAAGCAGAGCAAGGAUGGCGCCGGCUUCCUCAUCAACCUCAUUGAUUCCCCUGGGCAUGUCGACUUCUCCUCAGAGGUGACCGCUGCCCUCCGAGUCACCGAUGGCGCAUUGGUGGUGGUAGACUGCGUGUCAGGCGUGUGUGUGCAGACGGAGACAGUGCUGCGGCAGGCCAUUGCCGAGCGCAUCAAGCCUGUGCUGAUGAUGAACAAGAUGGACCGCGCUCUGCUGGAGCUGCAGCUGGAGCCCGAGGAGCUCUACCAGACUUUCCAGCGCAUCGUGGAGAAUGUGAACGUCAUCAUUUCCACCUACGGCGAGGGCGAGAGCGGCCCCAUGGGCAACAUCAUGAUCGAUCCUGUCCUUGGUACCGUGGGCUUCGGGUCUGGCCUCCACGGGUGGGCCUUCACCCUGAAGCAGUUUGCCGAGAUGUAUGUGGCCAAGUUUGCCGCCAAGGGGGAGGGCCAGUUGGGGCCUGCCGAGCGGGCCAAGAAAGUAGAGGACAUGAUGAAGAAGCUGUGGGGUGACAGGUACUUUGACCCAGCCAACGGCAAGUUCAGCAAGUCAGCCACCAGCCCCGAAGGGAAGAAGCUGCCACGCACCUUCUGCCAGCUGAUCCUUGACCCCAUUUUCAAGGUGUUUGAUGCGAUCAUGAAUUUCAAGAAAGAGGAGACAGCAAAGCUGAUAGAGAAACUGGACAUCAAACUGGACAGCGAGGACAAGGACAAAGAAGGCAAACCCCUGCUGAAGGCUGUGAUGCGCCGCUGGCUGCCUGCUGGAGACGCCUUGCUGCAGAUGAUCACCAUCCACCUGCCCUCCCCUGUGACGGCCCAGAAGUACCGCUGCGAGCUCCUGUACGAGGGGCCCCCGGACGACGAGGCUGCCAUGGGUAUUAAAAGCUGUGACCCCAAAGGCCCCCUUAUGAUGUAUAUUUCCAAAAUGGUGCCAACCUCCGACAAAGGUCGGUUCUACGCCUUUGGGCGAGUCUUCUCAGGGCUGGUCUCUACCGGCCUGAAGGUCAGGAUCAUGGGGCCCAACUAUACCCCCGGGAAGAAGGAGGACCUCUACCUGAAGCCAAUCCAGAGAACAAUCUUGAUGAUGGGCCGCUACGUGGAGCCCAUCGAGGACGUGCCUUGUGGGAACAUUGUGGGCCUGGUGGGCGUGGACCAGUUCCUGGUGAAGACGGGCACCAUCACCACCUUCGAGCACGCGCACAACAUGCGGGUGAUGAAGUUCAGUGUUAGCCCUGUUGUCAGAGUGGCUGUGGAGGCCAAGAACCCGGCCGACCUGCCCAAGCUGGUGGAGGGGCUGAAGCGGCUGGCCAAGUCCGACCCCAUGGUGCAGUGCAUCAUCGAGGAGUCGGGAGAGCACAUCAUCGCUGGCGCCGGCGAGCUGCACCUGGAGAUCUGCCUGAAGGACCUGGAGGAGGACCAUGCCUGCAUCCCCAUCAAGAAAUCUGACCCGGUCGUCUCGUACCGCGAGACGGUCAGUGAAGAGUCGAACGUACUCUGCCUCUCCAAGUCCCCCAACAAGCACAACCGGCUGUACAUGAAGGCGCGGCCUUUCCCUGACGGCCUGGCCGAGGACAUCGAUAAAGGCGAGGUGUCCGCCCGCCAGGAGCUCAAGCAGCGGGCACGCUACCUGGCCGAGAAGUACGAGUGGGACGUGGCUGAGGCCCGCAAGAUCUGGUGCUUUGGGCCCGACGGCACUGGCCCCAACAUCCUCACCGACAUCACCAAGGGUGUGCAGUACCUCAACGAGAUCAAGGACAGUGUGGUGGCCGGCUUCCAGUGGGCCACCAAGGAGGGCGCCCUGUGUGAGGAGAAUAUGCGGGGUGUGCGCUUCGAUGUCCACGACGUGACCCUGCACGCCGACGCCAUCCACCGUGGGGGCGGCCAGAUCAUCCCCACAGCGCGGCGCUGCCUCUAUGCCAGUGUGCUGACCGCCCAGCCGCGCCUCAUGGAGCCCAUCUACCUUGUGGAGAUCCAGUGUCCAGAGCAAGUGGUCGGUGGCAUCUACGGGGUUUUGAACAGGAAGCGGGGCCAUGUGUUCGAGGAGUCCCAGGUGGCCGGCACCCCCAUGUUUGUUGUCAAGGCCUAUCUGCCCGUCAACGAGUCCUUUGGCUUCACUGCUGACCUGAGGUCCAACACGGGCGGCCAGGCCUUCCCCCAGUGUGUGUUCGACCACUGGCAGAUCCUGCCCGGAGACCCCUUCGACAACAGCAGCCGCCCCAGCCAGGUGGUGGCGGAGACCCGCAAGCGCAAGGGCCUGAAGGAAGGCAUCCCAGCCCUGGACAACUUCCUGGACAAAUUGUAGGCAGCCCUUCGUGCAGAGCCUGCCGCCCCGGGGACUCGCAGCACCCACAGCACCACGUUCUUGCAUCCUCAGAUGACACCUGGAGACUGUCCGACACAGCGACGCUCCCCUGAGAGGUUUCUGGGGCCUGCUGCGUGCCAUCACUCAACCUUAACACUUGAUGCCGUUUCUUUCGAUAUUUAUUUCCAGAGUCCAAAGGCAGCAGACACGCCCUCUUAAGCAGGGACUUACUGGGCCGGUUGGGGAGGGGGAGGCGGGAUGGGACACCCAACACUUUUUCCAUUUCUUCAGAGGGAAACUCAGAUGUCCAAACAAAUUUUAACAAACGCAUUAAGAAGUUUAUUUGGGUACAUGGCCCGUAGUGGCUUUUGCCCCAGAAAGGGGAAAGGAACAUGUGGGUAGAUGAUUUCUAGCAGGCAGGAAGUCCUGUGCAGUGUCACCAUGAGCACCUCCAGCUGUACUAGUGCCAUUGGAAUAAUAAAUUUGAUAAGGUGGUGA